CGCGUUUGAGCAGAGCCACCUCCAGAAGAAGCAGACCGAGCGGUGCAGCCUGCUGCCGGAGCCGAGGACGGAUCGCCCGGGGAAGGACUCCCCGUUCCUCAGGACGAUGGUGUUGGACAAGGAAGAGGGUGUGCCGAUGCUCUCCGUCCAGCCCAAAGGGAAACAGAAGGGGUGUGCUGGCUGCAAUCGCAAGAUUAAAGACCGCUACCUGCUCAAGGCCCUGGACAAAUACUGGCACGAGGACUGUCUCAAAUGUGCCUGCUGCGACUGCCGCCUGGGGGAGGUGGGCUCCACCCUCUAUACGAAAGCCAACCUCAUCCUCUGUCGCAGGGACUACCUGAGGCUCUUUGGUACGACGGGGAACUGUGCAGCCUGCAGUAAACUGAUCCCAGCCUUUGAAAUGGUGAUGAGAGCCAGAGAUAAUGUUUACCAUUUGGACUGUUUUGCCUGUCAGCUUUGUAACCAGAGGUUUUGCGUGGGGGACAAGUUUUUCCUAAAGAACAACAUGAUUUUGUGUCAAAUGGACUAUGAGGAGGGCCAGCUGAACGGCAGCUUCGACACACAGGUCCAAUAGUUGGAACCUGUUGGCAGCAACGACCGGCUCCACACUUUACACACGAGAUGGAUGUUCUGCUGCACUUGGAAAAAGACAAGCGUCUGUCUGCUUGCCUGCAAUACUUUUUAAGACCCCUUUAUCAGUCCCUAAGGACUCUAUUGUAAAUGUUCAACUUUUUGCCCCUCCCACACCCCAAACACUGAGCAGUUACAAAUGUUGAUGUACAGUUGUGCCUGCUUAGCUGAGCACUGUAUUGCUUGUAUGUUUUGUGAAAUUUAUUUCAGGUUUGUUUUCUUCUCCUUUUAGAAAUGGUUCAUUGGAGGGUAUGUACAGUCUGUUUUCUCUGUAUAUAUAAACUGGAACAUUUAUUUUAUGAAAUGUAAUGCAAUUUUAUUACUAGUGUGAAUUAAAGAUUCUUAAAUGUCCAUAGUGGGUUUUUUCUCUUGUACCAAAACCAAAGUUGUUGGAGGAGGUUGGUCCAUGUAUUGAUAUGUAAUUAUGUCUCCAAAACUUGCAGCGGUACAAGACGCCUUGCCGGAGAAAAAAAAUAUAUUUGACGUCCUUCUUUAAAACAUGAUGCAACAAAAGCAGUUUUGUGACAUUUUGCAGAGUUCUGAUGGUAUUAGAAAUGCUGUUUAAAAUGGACUAAAUAAGAUUUUAUUUGGAAUAAAAGAAUGCUUCUCCAAA